GCAGCCGACUGAAGAAUGACGUCCUGGCGCACAUGCGCAUUAGAAGUGGGCGGAGUUCUCCAGUCGGUCAGGAAGAGGAGAAAAGCGGACACAGAACAUCAAGCGAUGGCAGCCAUCAGGAAGAAGUUGGUGAUUGUUGGGGAUGGUGCAUGUGGGAAGACGUGUCUGCUCAUCGUCUUCAGCAAGGACCAGUUCCCCGAGGUCUACGUCCCCACGGUGUUCGAGAACUAUGUGGCAGACAUUGAGGUGGAUGGGAAACAGGUAGAGCUUGCACUUUGGGAUACAGCAGGUCAGGAAGACUAUGACCGACUGAGGCCUCUCUCCUACCCCGAUACUGAUGUUAUUCUCAUGUGCUUCUCUGUGGACAGCCCUGAUAGUUUAGAGAAUAUUCCAGAAAAGUGGACCCCUGAAGUGAAACACUUCUGUCCAAAUGUUCCCAUUAUCCUGGUGGGCAAUAAAAAGGAUCUGCGGAAUGAUGAGCACACCAGACGAGAGCUUGCCAAAAUGAAACAGGAGCCAGUUAAAUACGAAGAUGGCAAAGAGAUGGCGAACCGCAUCAGUGCCUACGGCUACCAAGAGUGUUCUGCCAAAUCCAAAGAUGGUGUGAGGGAAGUCUUUGAGAUGGCAACUCGGGCAGCACUGCAGGCCAAGAAACGUGGCAAGAAGUCCACCUGCCUUCUGUUGUAGGCUCUGGGAGAAGAGGGAGCUGCCUCCAAGCACAGAUGGAAAGGGCAGCUUCCAAUGAGAUUUGACACGGAGAAAAUUGGGGAGGGGCCAAAAACGUUUUGCUGAUGCUUAAUUUCUUAUCAACCAUUUGUCCUCAACAAAUUAAAGCAGGUCUUAAAUUAUUUGAUAGGCUUCUACACCGUGGUCCUUAGUCUAUAUAUAGGAUUAUGUGCCAUUUUGCUCUCUGCUAUCAAACACUUUCAGAUCUAAAAGCUGAUGGUGAGGGGUGAUUUGAAGUUGAGUAGAUUUAAACAAGGUUGAAAUGUGCCAUGAUGGGAAUGAAGAGAGAAAGGGUCCUUACCAGAUCUACAUAUGGAAUUGGUUUGAUUUACGACCAAGUGGAUUUUACACAGUAUCGCCUACAUGUAGUGCCUUGAGAGCAGCGGUCAAGGAGAGUAAGUUGUGGGUUAGGGAUUCAUAACUAAGAUGGGGUAUUAUUUUGUCAUUUGUUGUGUCCACACAUCACAUUUGAGAAUGUUUUGCUCCUUCGGGCCCAUAUUCUGACUCAGGCGCUAUGCAGGGGUAUGCUUCAACUAGAAUGUAUGAGAGAUUUUCCCAUACUAAUUUACUUACUUGUACUUUGUAGUGUGUGUGCGUGCGCAACUGUAUGGUGGUUUGCUUUCUCCAGUGCAGGUCUGCAUGCGGUGAGUGUGUAUAUUUUGUGUGGGUGUGUAUUAACAUGUGUCUAUGUACUGUAUUCAUGGAAAGGUCUUCUGCAUUACUGACCUAACCCCUUGUUUCCAUGCCAAAGUUACCCCUGAUGGCCACAUUUUGUGGCUCAGGUGGGUAAUGGAAUUAAUAGCUACUCAGUGACAUAGACAUUUUCACUUUACUGGAAGGCAUUGUACUAUAUCUCGAGGCACAAUCAGGUUAAACAUUUGAGUUUUUAGGACCGUCUUUGUGUGUACCAGAGAUUCAUUUGAUUGUGUUAAUCAGUGGGUCAAGUCAUGAGUGGUGUAGUUGAUGAGUUGAAUAUUCUUUCAGAUGGAUGAUAGGCUUAUCUUAUUACUAUAAUGUCUACCAUGUACUGUGUGUCUUACUCGGCUUUGUAAGGACAUAUUAAUGUGUAUUUCAAAUUUGCCUUUUACUCAACUCUUCUCAUCCCUUCUUUAAUGAUAUUGUCAUUAUUGUACUAUAACUUUUUAUUGUUGUCUCUAAUUUUCUUAGUAUAUUUUAAUCGGUUUACUUAAUCCUGCUGUUAUGAUCAGCUUGUCAGUUAAAUGAGAAAUUGUAACCUUUGUAUUGUGUUUUUAGUUAAUUGAAGUUAAAGCUUGGGGUGCAAGGCUAAAAUGGUUUGGCGAUGGGCCUUUCUUCUUUUUUUGUAUUGUGACAUAUUACGGUUUUUGUUUAUGGAUUUCUUUUCCCCAAAUAAAGCAGAUAUUAAGGUUG